UGGCUUUAAAACAGAGCACAGCUCUAUGAUUUGCUCUAUGUUUUACAGGAUGCUGGUUGUUAGUUAAUCCCAAAGCUAUUCGAGCCCAGCUCCAUUUCCUGAGUAAUUUAUUGUUCUGCCUCACAUUUGAAAGAGAGGGUUGUUACUCAGAACACAUGGAAUGCCAUGACGUCAUUAGCCAGAACAGCUACAGAAGAAUGAAAAUACAUCUGCUCUGCAUUCUCUCCGGAUAGCAACUCUGCUGAUGUGUUCAGGUUGUUGUCUGGACUGCUGUGAUUUCCGUAAGUUCCCAAUCAAUUCCAAACUCAGAAUCUGAGGCUAAGAGGAAUGAAAACACUUCUGAAAGCUUUAAAGAAACCUGACUGGCCUCCUAAAAUUUUACAGGAUCCCCUUUAAAGAAAGGCCACACCACUGUUCUAAAAAUGUUGCAGCAGAUUUUAAAGGAGAUGUACAUAGACCCUGAUGUUCUGGAGGCUCUGAAUGAGGAACAGAAAAAGAUCUUGUUUUUGAAGAUGAGGCAGGAACAGGUGAGGCGGUGGACAGAAAGAGAAGAGAACUUCGAAAAGGAAAGAGAAUGCCUAAACAGCCAGAAGCCAAAACAAGCUUCCACAAAGUCUGUGAGCUGGCUUCUUGGGAAAGAUGGGGACGUGCAUGUCUGUGUCAUUGGAGAAAUGGCAGGGGUCAAGCCGUAUGACCUCAUCUGCUCGCAGAUAGAUGACAAGAGAAAGAUAAAUAACGACAACACAAGAGCUCCUGUUUCGGAAACCUUUCAAAAAACAGAGCGCCAAAUCAACACUCCUCAGGAAGACGGAAUACAGCUUAAUUUUCAGACAGCAGAAAAGGAAAAGGAUACUGCAGAUACAAUUACAGAACUAAAGGACUCAGGGCUGUACUAUCGAUCACAUCUCCAGCACAAGGAACCCCAGUCGCUGGCACUCAGACUAUGGAAUAGAGACCAUCAGGAAGAAAAAGCAGGCCGAGAUUUCAAGAUUGUGCCAGCGGCUCGGAGACCAGUGCUCAGCUCUGACAGUGAAGAAGCCAAUCAGUCUCCAGACAACCCCAUGGCCCAAGGCCGGGUAGCUGAACUGCGGAAGAAUUUCAACCAUUUACAAGUAACCAGUGGAAAAAACACUCUGUCUCGUGUGAAGCCACCCCUUCCAGCAAAACCAACCACCUUUCAGUUAAUAUCUUCAGCUGGAUUCAGGUGAUUCCAGAGUGAUAGCACAAGCAAGGACUUUAUGUACCUUACAAGGUCUGGCUCACAACAGCCAACUGUACAAGGGAAUAAAUGUGUGUAUCUGUAGAUUUACUGCAUUCAAAGACAAAGAAUAUGCAAUAAUGAGGGCCAGUCGCUGUGGGGAAAUGGAUGCCAACUGUGUCUUCUUGUCUGUCUAUACUGGGCUGAUUUCACAAAGCUUAGCACACCAUUUAUUUAAAGAAAGUCUAUGUUAUGAAUAACAUUAAUUGUUCUAGACUGUUACUAGAAGUUUCAAGAGUAUUAUUUUACAUUUGAUGUCUUCUAUGUUGAGUCUCGUGGUAUAUAUUUCAGCAUCAUUUGGUUACAAUUCCUAUUUCCUAUACCAUGCAGUUGAAUGACAGCUGAGGAGUGCUUUUAGUUUCAGUUGAUUUAUGACCCAUGAUCUGUGAAUAAAAAUACCAAAACAAUCUGGAUAAUGUUGAAAAAUAUAUUGUUUGGGCAAAAUCUAAAAUAAAUGAUGUCACUUGCCGAAAAAGCAUGCCUGUAAUCCAUAUGAGAAGUGAUUGUUCAAGUGAUGUGCUUCUUAAAAACUACACUUUAAAGUGUUUGAAAUUGGGGCCAUUGUCUUGUUCUGGUGUUUUUGUGCUAUUGAUAAUAUCAUUCACUUCAGAUGUUAAGAUCUAAUUUAAAGCACACAGCAGAAAGGGGAUGUUCUGUUCUGUCUGUAAUUUCACUUCAAUGUUCCCUUUCAAUCUUUGAAGAGACCAGAUAUGAUGUUGUAUUGUAAGCACCCUCCCUGUGUUUCUAAAUGCCUGCUUUUAUUGCAACCACAGCAAUUGCUGCUUGCGACAGUUUUGAUGUGAAUGCUCUGGUGGAAGGAUUAGCACACCGUUAUUAUUAAAAGUCUUCUUGUAA